CAAAUUGACUGAUGGAAUGAAGCAGGGGCCUCGGGGCAUAUAUAAAUAUGCCACAAGCACUAACCCCAUGUGCCACAGAAUUUGGAAGACAUAGCAUUAAGUUAGGCAUCAUACAAACAAAGCAUUUGCUCUCUUUUAACAUUACAUGAACUGGGAGGUCAUGGCAGGCCAAUUGGGAUGGGGUAUGAUGGAAGAUGAGGGCUGGAGGAAGGGACCUUGGACCUCUGAGGAAGAUAGAUUGCUUAUUGAGUAUGUCAGGUUGCAUGGUGAAGGAAGAUGGAACUCUGUGGCUAGGCUUGCAGGGUUGAAAAGGAAUGGGAAGAGCUGUAGAUUGAGGUGGGUGAAUUAUUUGAGGCCAGACCUCAAGAGGGGGCAGAUAACACCUCAUGAAGAGAGCAUAAUUCUAGAGCUACAUGCUAGAUGGGGGAACAGGUGGUCAACAAUUGCACGAAGCUUGCCAGGAAGAACUGACAAUGAGAUCAAGAACUACUGGAGGACUCACUUCAAGAAAAAGGCUAAAGUCACUUCUGAAGCCUCUGAAAAGGCAAAAAAUCGCAUUCUGAGGAGGCAACAAUUUCAUCAUCAUCAGCAGCAACAACAACAGCAGCAGCAGCACCAACAACUACAGCAGCAGCAGCAGCAGCAUCAACAACAACAACAACAACAACAACAACAGCAACAACAACAACAAUUUCAACUUAAUCAAGUGGACUUGAAAAGGAUCAUGGCCUUGCUUGAUGAAAAUGACAAUCGGGCCACGUGUGUACCUCAAGUGAGGCAAGAAAUGAUCACCAUGUAUCCCAACACCAAUGAGGAGCAAGGAUACUUUUAUUCCUUGCUUAACACUAACAGCAGUGUGUCUGUGCCUGAGGCCGCAAACGAGGACAUAAUAUGGGAUGGAUUAUGGAACUUGGAUGAUGUGCAUGGCAAUUUCAACGCAGCCAGUGUGACAAGCAGAGCUACUCUGCACAAUCUAGUGGCUCCUUUUUGUUAAAUUUUAACUUAGUUUCAAUUUUGUUAGCAAACUAGUCUGCACAAUCUAGUUUCCAUCAAGAUGAGAAGGCUCUCAAGUCUCAACUAGGUUGUUCCAGUCGAUGUACUUGUCCUGUACUCUUGGUUGCUAAUGAUGCAAUCCAGGUAACCUAUUAUCUAUUUUGUCAAUAAAGUGGUCCAAUUUUUACACUUAAAAAUGACGUGUGUAUAUUUAAAUUGAUUAAGGGUUUUUUUUUAAUUAGUUGUCUGAUAUUAGAUGUGCUUCUAAGAAAGUUCAAAUGUCAUGAAUCAGCUAGUAGUACCGUGUUGAAUUUGAACAUGAACACUGUAUGUUGAUUUUCACAUAAGUACAAGAAAAAUUAUUAUUUUCUCAACUAGGUUGUUCCAGUCGAUGUACUUGUCCUGUACUCUGGGUUGUUAAUGUUGCAAUCGAGGUAACCUAUUAUCUAUUUUGUCAAUAAAGUGGUCCAAUUUUUACACUUAAAAA